CAGUGGUCCUGCAGCUCCCUCACGUACACGGUGCAGUCACAGUGAGGACAGCUCAGGAGACGGUCGACCCUCAGACAACUGUUACCUCCUCCACUGAAGUCCCAAAUCACAACCAUGGGGAAAGGAUGCAUCACAGUCACCAAGUAUUUUCUGUUCCUCUUCAACCUCCUCUUCUUUAUCUUCGGAGCCUUGAUCAUGGGCUUUGGACUCUGGGUUCUCUUUGAUAAUCAGAGCUUCAUUGCUGUGCUGCAGGAAUCAUCGCAUACAGUGAAAGUGGCUUCAUACAUACUGAUCGGAGUGGGUUCACUGUCGAUGGCCAUGGGCUUCUUCGGUUGCAUCGGAGCCAUCUACGAAAUCCGUUGUCUGCUGGGUCUGUACUUCACCUGCCUCCUGCUCAUCCUCAUCGCCCAGGUCACAGCUGGAGUCCUCAUUUACUUCCAGAGAGAGCCGUUGAAAUAUGAGAUGGCCAACAUCAUAAAGGGCAUGAUGAUCAACUACACCGGCGAGAACAGGACCACAGAGCACACAUGGGACUUCAUUCAGAGGACGAUGAAGUGCUGUGGAUGGACUGGUCCAGGAAACUGGUCUGAGAACCUUUUGAUCAUGAACAACUCUAAGAACCUUUACCCAUGUUCCUGUCGUAACGGGGAUCUGCCUGGCACGGACAUAGAGGAAGUCGGCAUGUGUGAGCACACGUCCAAACAGCUACCUGUCUACGAAACGGGCUGUAUCGUCAGCGUGGAGAAAUGGCUCCUGGACAACUGCGGCGUUAUUCUGGGAAUGUGUGUCGGCGUGGCAGUCGUGGAGCUCCUCGGGAUGAUUCUCUCCAUGUGUCUGUGCAAGAGCGUCGUCCAGGAAGAUUACACCAAAGUACCAAAGUACUGAGCUGAGGACAGAGCCAGCUUCACACCACGCACAGAUGGAGUGACUCUUUCUCUCUCCCUCGCUCUCUUCGUCUCACAUUCUUACACAAACACACACACACACAAAAUAAGACAGCUGUCUUUCCCCAUUUCAGCUUCUCCAGCCUCGACAGCUGUGCAAAUUUCUCACGCUCCACAUGUCGCACUCACCUCUCAAUCAAUGUUGACCCAGUUGUUGGACACAAGUUACCAUUGUUGUCUCAUCACGUGUUUUCUGAUGAAGCAUUUGUGAUUUUGGACAGUUUGAUACCAUGUAAAUUCAGGUGUUGUUGUGUUUUCCUCGGCUGACCUCAGAAAAGCGCUUAUCGUAGUAGUCGUAGUAGAGAGAGCACUUUAGUGACAUUUGGCGAAGCUGAGAGCUGAAGUACCUUGUGACUCCGGGGGACAGGGAGGGAGAUGAGAGCGAGGCGGGAGGGAGGGAGGAUGCGGGAGGGAGACACUCUGAAGGGUUAAUGCCACUCUGUGAUCCUGUAGCUGGUAUUUUUGGUUGCAGAGGGUGGAGGAGAGGCGCAGGGCAGGGCUGCUGCGGUGGAGGGUUUGGCUUCUGUCAUCAGGACCUUGUACUCAGUAGCCUUAAUAUUAACCUUCAUUUUCACCCACCGCCACCUCCUCCUCCUCCUCCUCCUCCUCCUCCUCCUCCUCC